GCCUAUAAAAGACAUACGCAUUGCAUAUUUUGAAAUACUUUCAUCGCUUACUGCAAGGAGUAAUAAAAUGAGAGUAGCCCUUAUCUUCAUAAUUGUGAGCAUUUUGCUCAUAAAGGCUCAAGAUGCGAAAGCAGAUUACGACUGGGAUAGUAUGGAAGAUGGUCCCUCUGAGGAGAUAGUACCCGGCUGUGGAGGGGACACUAUCUUGUACCCAGACCCAGUGCCACCCUGUGACUGUGGCGAGAAUCAGACUACUGCUAAGCCCAGACAUAAAAAAACUAAAAGGCCCAAAACUACGCGGAGAACAACCAAACGUUCUAAACGUCAUCACAAAAAAACAACGAAAAGACAUCGGACCACUCGAGAGACCACGGACAUAACAGAUGCGCCUAUAACGACCACGGAUGCGGAGUGCACAUGUCCCCCAGUCACGUGUUCCGAUCAAACUACCACCGAUUCGCCCACCGAUACAACGACAGACUCGACAACUCCUUCGUGUACCGAUACUCCUCCUUGCACCUGUUCUGAAGAAUCUUCUACUGCAAUACCCAGUUCUCCUUGCAUAGAAACUUCCACAGCCAUUCCCACAGGUCCAUGUACGUCGGAAACCACUACCCCAAAACCUACGUGUACUCCAACACCUACUAGGACCACUACAACUACAACCCAACAAACUCCAACACCUCCCUGCACAUGUGCCCCAACCACAACAACGUCUCCCACUUGCGGUCCAACCACAACCACUACAAGACGAACAACAACACCAUCUACACGCCCUCCAACAACGUCUUCCACACGUGCUCCAACCACAACCACUACAAGACGAACAACAACACCAUCUACACGCCCUCCAACAACGUCUUCCACACGUGCUCCAACCACAACUACUACAAGACGAACAACAACACCUUCUACGCGCCCUCCAACAACGUCUCCCUCUUGUGGGCCAACCACAACUACUACAAGACGCACCACAACCCGUUCAACAAGUCCUUCAACAACGUCUUCCACUCGUGCUCCAACCACAACCACCACAAGACGCACCACAACCCGUUCGACACGCCCUCCAACAACGGCUCCCACUUGUGGUCCAACCACAACCACUACAAGACGAACAACAACACCAUCUUCACGCCCUCCAACAACGUCUUCUACACGUGCUCCAACCACAACCACUACAAGACGCACCACACCUUCGACACGUCCUUCAACAACGUCUUCCACUCGUGCUCCAACCACAACCACCACGAGGCGUACCACAAAUCCUUCAAUCACACCAACAUCUCCCCCUUGUGGUCCAACCACAACCACUACAAGACCCACCACACCUUCGACACGUCCUUCAACAACGUCUUCCACUCGUGCUCCAACCACAACCACCACGAGGCGUACCACAAAACCUUCAAUCACACCAACAUCUCCCACUUGUGGUCCAACCACAACCACUACAAGACGCACCACAACCCGUUCGACACGCCCUCCAACAACGGCUCCCACUUGUGGUCCAACCACAACCACUACAAGACGCACCACACCUUCGACACGCCCUCCAACAACGUCUUCCACACGUGCUCCAACCACAACCACCACAAGACGCACCACAACCCGUUCGACACGCCCUCCAACAACGGCUCCCACUUGUGGUCCAACCACAACCACUACAAGACGCACCACACCUUCGACACGUCCUUCAACAACGUCUUCCACUCGUGCUCCAACCACAACCACCACGAGGCGUACCACAAAACCUUCAAUCACACCAACAUCUCCCACUUGUGGUCCAACCACAACCACUACAAGACGCACAACAACAUCUUCUACACGUUCUCCAACAACGUCUUCCACACGUGCUCCAACCACAACCACCACGAGGCGUACCACAAAACCUUCAAUCACACCAACAUCUCCCCCUUGUGGUCCAACCACAACCACUACAAGACGCACCACACCUUCGACACGUCCUUCAACAACGUCUUCCACUCGUGCUCCAACCACAACCACCACGAGGCGUACCACAAAACCUUCAAUCACACCAACAUCUCCCCCUUGUGGUCCAACCACAACCACUACAAGACGCACCACACCUUCGACACGUCCUUCAACAACGUCUUCCACUCGUGCUCCAACCACAACCACCACGAGGCGUACCACAAAACCUUCAAUCACACCAACAUCUCCCACUUGUGGUCCAACCACAACCACUACAAGACGCACAACAACAUCUUCUACACGUUCUCCAACAACGUCUUCCACACGUGCUCCAACCAAAACCACUACAAGACGCACCACAACCCGUUCAACAAGUCCUUCAACAACGUCUUCCACUCGUGCUCCAACCACAACCACUACAAGACGCACCACACCUUCGACACGCCCUCCAACAACGUCUUCCACACGUGCUCCAACCACAACUACUACAAGACGAACAACAACACCUUCUACGCGCCCUCCAACAACGUCUCCCACUUGUGGUCCAACCACAACCACUACAAGACGCACCACAACCCGUUCGACACGCCCUCCAACCACUACAAGACGCACCACACCUUCGACACGCCCUCCAACAACGUCUUCCACUCGUGCUCCAACCACAACCACUACAAGGCGCACCACAACACCAUCAACGAGUACUACCAGAACGACAGCAGUAACAACAACCACUACGCGUCGUCCUUGUCCUUGCCGUCCCCAACCUCCAUACCAGAUUCCUCCUUGGUGGUAUCCUUAUCCAACGUACCCCAAUCCCGGGUGGCCUUGGCAGCCUAACCCAAUUAUCCCUCAAUGGCCACAGAUUCCCGGAUUUCCCAAUCAGUGGCCGCAAGUACCAGGUAAUCCCUAUUUGCCGCCAACGGUGCCAUCUCCUCAAUGGCCCUGGCCUGGAGCAAGACCACCAGUAGUUCCCCCUACACCUGGAGACUGCGAAAACAUAUGCGAAAACCUACUGAAGGGAGUUAAAUAUCAGGAAGAUCUCAUCAGAAGGUGCUUGUGCACACGGACAUAAUUCUUCAAAAGUAACACAUAAUUCGUUGAACUCUCUAUUGUUUGAUUAAAAUAUUGACUAUUUGUAAAAAAUACUUAAACAAAAUAAUAUUUUUUUGAAAGCA